CCGAAAGAUGCGAUUGAAUAAAUCUAUUGCCAGCAGCAUUGGUAGUAAUUUAAAUCGCUUUGGAGGUGCUCAAGAUUUAAAUAAAAUGCUACUGACUGAUGAUUAUUUCAGUGAUGUUAAUCCACGCAGUAUGCGACGUUUAAUGAAUGUUUUUUAUGUUAUGGGAAGACUAUUAAAAGCAUUCCAGAUUGACUUUAAUUGGUAUCAUUUAGCUAGUUGGAUCAAUAUUACUGUGCAGUGGCCUUUUAAACCUUCUUGGAUGAUUCUUCACUAUGAAAUGUAUGAAGACACUUUUGAAGAUUCAAUGUCUUUGAAGACAUUGUAUGAUAAAAUUCGUUCACAAAUUCCAGUACUUAAAAACGUUCAACUUCUCUUAGAAAUGGAUAGAGAUGAGCGUAAACUCGAUGUUUUUCUAAUAUUUCAUCGCUCCAGUCUUCUAAUUAGUGAUAUGAGAAUAUUCUUGCCAUUUACUAUUAAUCUUGAUCUUUAUAUAAAAAAUAAAAUAAAAGAAGAGCAACAAAGUAUUGAAGAAGAUGUUCAUUUAGGAAUAUAUAAAAAUCAAUGGCAAAAGACAAAUGAGUCAUGGAUUCCAAAUAGAACUAAUUUGACAAAUCGUCAUGCUAAAUUAGUUAAAACUCCAAGUUUAUCGGGACCACCAUUCCCACCAUUAGGACCUUGGGCUAUUCCUCCAGUCUAUGAUUGGCAUCAUCCUUGGGUCCAAAUACCACCAACUGAACCUCCAGUUAAGCCUCUUCCAAUAAGAUAA